AUGAAGCCGACAGCACGCCUACCCCUGCGCCUGCUCGCAGCCGGCAGCAGCAGCAGCUCGCCCUUGGCGGGACGACAAUGCCUCCGCGCAAUCUCGACGACCCCUCUCAAGCCCGCCGAGGUCGCCCCCGUAGUCGGCACGGGACCGCCGCCGGCGCCGCCCACCGCCGAGGACGACCGCACCGCGGAGCUGCGCGCGCGCGCGGAGCGGAGGAGGAGGCAGGCCGAGAUGCUCAAGCAGGCGACCAACAUCCGCGCCGCGGCGGACGCCAAGGCCGGGGGAGCGGCGGCCAGGGCUGCUGGGCUGAAAAGGAGGUUUUGGAACGAUGUCAGUGUGCACGAGGUUGACGGCGCCCUCCAAAUCCACCUCGACGCCCGCCCCCUCCGCCACCCCGUCACGAAAGCCAUCGUCCGCCUGCCCCCCUCGAAGCAGCACCUCGCCUCGGCCCUCGCAAUCGAGUGGGACCUCCUCACCUCCGCGCAGCAGGCGACGAAGCAGCACCUGAUCCCGCUGACCUCGCUGGUCUGCCGCGCGCUCGACAUCGCCGCCGACGACGCCGGCCCCGCCGCCAUCCGCCAGCAGAUCGCGACGACCGUGAUGCGCUACCUCGACACGGACAGCCUGCUGUGCUGGGCGCCGCCGCCGGGCGCGACGGACACGCGCAACGAGGCCGGCGAGAGCCUGCGCGACGUGCAGAAGCGCACCGCCGAGGCCGUCGUCGGGUUCCUCACCACGCACGUCUGGCCCGGCAUCGAAAUCGGCCCCGUGCUGGACGGCGACGCCAUCAUGCCCCAGCCGCAGGCCGAGGGCGUGCGGGAGGUCGUGCAGGGCUGGGUCAUGGGCCUGGACGCGUGGGAGAUUGCCGGGCUGGAGAGAGCUGUGCUGGCGGGCAAGAGCCUGAUCGGGGCGGCGCGGUUGGUUGUGGAGUGGAGCGAGGGGCCGAACGCGGGCCGGGUGGACGGGGUGGAGCGGUUCGGGGUCGAGGAGGCUGCGACGGCGAGCAGUCUGGAGGUGUCGUGGCAGACUGGGUCCUGGGGCGAGGUCGAGGACACGCACGAUGUCGAGAAGGAGGAUCUGAGGAGGCAGUUGGGCAGCGUUGUCCUGCUUGUCUCUGGCACGAACCGCAAGUGA